ACUCGUUCGCAACGUGCAAACUUUCGAUCCCGCGUCCUUGAUUCGAUACGCAUUUAAUCCUCGUGCGAUAUAUUCGCGUUACCGAAUCUCGCUCGGCUUUUAACGCCUGUUUUAUCUUCGUGAAAGUGCGUUCGAUCGGCGAUUAACCGUUAAACGUUCGUGAUACGGAUAACGUACUCUGAGUCAUCGAGCAAAUACGUUGAAAAUUUGGCGUUAUCUUUUCUCGAGAAUUCGGUAUUUCUCAGCGUUUAAUCUCGAGCUGUUUCGAGCGUCAUUUCAAAUAAUCUGAUCGUCCGAUCUCAACCGGAAAAUCGCAUAAUCGUCGCGCGCGCGUGUGUGUGUGUACGUGUGCGUUAUAUCGCUUUGUAUUAUAUCGCUGGAAUUUAGUUUCUCAUACAUACGUCCGUGGUGAUCUUGACGUGACAUGCUCGGUCGAGCCUUAAUAGUCUUGGACGGCAGUGACCUCUGAAUGCCCUUAUUAAUCCAUUGAGCGGAUCCGCAGAAAGAAAUCUCGGUCAGUUUUAUUGGACGCACGACACCUGAUUACAGCAGAGCGCGAGCAACAGGGACAGGCGAGCAGAAGGGGCUAGAGAGGCAAAAAGAGGAAAGAUGGGAGCGAGACAGAGCAGAAGGUCCGUGGAUAUAACAACGACUCCGAAGAAGGAGGGGUUGCCCGCCGACGGUGGUGUCGGGGAUGCUGCCGCACCUGGCGAUGGCAAGCUGGAAAGGAUCGAGGAGACCGACACCAAGCCUACCACCAAUGGUAUAGCGCCGCACACGGACGUUCCCGAGGAUAAGGACAAAGAUAAAGACGACGCCACGGAAAAAGAGAAAGACAAAGAGCAGCAAGAAGAGGUAAAGGAAACGAAGCAAGAGUCGGGCGGAGAAUCUCCCGCGGAAACGGCAGAGGUCACAACGCCGACAGAAGCGUCCACUCCAAACACUGCCACUUCUCCAGACAAUAAGGAAACGAAGAAGAAGGAAAAGAUGAAGAAAAAGUGGUCCUUCAGGUCGAUCAGCUUCAGCAAGAAGGAUAAGAACAAGCCUGCCCGCGAAGAAGCGCCCAAGAAUGGAGACGUCACCAAGGAGGAACCUCUCGCAGAGGGUGGCGAGGAGCAGGAGAAUGGAUCGGGCACGGCGGGCAGCCCCGUGGAGGAGAAAUCGGCGGUGAGCAGUCCGACGACGGAGAACGAGGAGGCGCCCGUGGCAGCGGCGGCGGCGGCAGCAGCGUCGUCACCGUCAUCGCCGCAACCGCCGUCGAGCGCCGCGGAGACGAAGGAGGAGAGCAGCGGCGCGGCGUCGGCAGCCAGCAGCAGCCCCCUGGAGGAGAAGACGGAGGAGGCCGCCGAUCCCUCCGCCCCGACUCCCGCCCCCUUGGAGGAAAAGAAAGAGGAGGUGGAAAAACUCGAGGCCGAGAAAAAAGCAGUCGAGGUCAGUCCAGCCGUCGGUGGUCAGUCCGCACCGGAACCGGUGGUAGAAGUCUCCGUAUUCCGAGUCCAGACAGUCGCUACGCCGUCUAUCAUUGAGAGGAAAACCAGUGAGGAUAUUCCUUCCCUGCCUCCGUCCAGCCCGCCUCCAACCCCCAUAGACUCGUCGCCGUUGCAGCAAGCUCAGCAGGCCGCGGCCACCGCGACCGCCCUGGCGGCGGCUCUCAAACUGCCUGCGGAGGCUGCUCGCUCCUCCCAACAUUUCGCCCCCGCUUCACACCACCCGACCGCUUCCCCCCUCGACCCACCUUCCACGGCUGUAGUCCCUGCCGUGCCUAGCCUUCUUCCUCCGCUACCGGUGGUGGUAGACAGAGACCCGCCCGAUAAUUUCCAACCGCUCGUCGUUAACGGGACCGUCGAGGUCCACCCCCUCCCCGUACCCAAAGCUAGACGUAACAGUCCACCCGCGGAAGAGUGCUCUCACGAUAACAAUCUUCCUCUGGUCGGCGACGAGAAGGGGCGAAUCGCCCAACAGAGUCCGGAGUCCUCCACGACCGCGACGCCGACGACGACGAGGUUGGAUCCCGAGGAGAUCGGUGGGCGAUCGGUGGAGAACAACGCUGUGGUCUCGGAGAUAGUCUCGGAAAUAGUGGAGGAGAGCGUGGCGAGGCAAGAAUCGGUGUCCGAGCCGCUGAGCAGGCGGGAGGAAGAGAUACGGGAGUUGAUCGAGGAGAUGAUCGUGCCGGACGAGAGGGCGCGGGAAGAGAAGGAGGACGUGCUCGAUCCUGUGCCCACGAUCGACGCGAUCGUGGAAUCCGAGGAGGGGCCGGUGCCCGUCUCCGCCGAGCGGCAGAGCGAGGAGGAGGAGAAGGAGGAGGAGGAGGAGGAGGUGCUGGUGGAGGCGAAGCCGGCUCUCGUCAUUCCGGAGGACGAGGAGGAGGUAAACUCGCGCGGGGUGGCGGACGUUUCGAGGGUGGGCCAAGUGAUUCCAGACGUGGAAACGGACAAAUUGGAAACGGAGACCACGGACAUCGCCGUGCCCGUAGAAGAGAUCCUCGUCUCCGAAAUGGCGGAACACCGGCCCGAGGAAGAGCCCGACCGAGCCUCCGCCCCGACGAGACCGACGGACGAGUGCGGCGAGGCCGAGGCGAGGCACGAGCAGGAAUCGUGCAUCCUCGCCCCUCCCCCUCCGCAACCCUCCUCUUCUUCCCCCUCUCUGCCCGAAUCGUGCCCCGACGACUCCGCCGCCGCCCCACCGUCCCCCCCCCAACUCGUCCGAGCGGAGCCUAGAAUUUUGGAUUUCGCGGAGGAGCAACAACAACAACGACGACCGAACGAAUCCGAGCUGGAUGUCAUCAUCACUCCCCCGACAACGAACGACGAAUCGUCGAAUCGGCACGCUCGAAACUCCACCUCGAAACUCGAGCGCGUGCCUAGCCUCGCGGACGAGUUCUUCCCUGCCCCGGCCGAGCAUACCGCGACCGAACGACAGAUAGAUUCUUCCGAUCGUCCCUUACCGCCGGAACAGCUCUCCCCCUCGCCGACGACCCCCCUGGUCGACCACCACGACGACGACGACGACGACCCCGCGAGAACCUCGACGGAGACCACCGCCCCCCUACCACCACCGUCGACGUUGCCCGCAACUCCCAGCCCCACGUCCAAUGCCAGUAUCACGUCCGGCCUGAUGCCGUUCACGGUAGACUCCUCGCAAUCGCUGUUGUACGACGACCAGAGCAAUCGAGAGUUCAAGAUGGAAUCGGUGUCGAUAAGCCUCAAUUCGUACAAUGAGUCCGACAUUGAAUUAAAGGAGAGGUUAGCCGAGUCUCUGGCGGAGACCGAGAAGCAGGAAGAGAGCUUGGUCUCGUGUCAGUUGUUGAACAACGCCACGUCGUCGACCACUGUCCAGGAGACCCAUCAGAGCACUCCGGAGCAACCAGAGGCCCCAGUAGAAAAUAACGUGGCCCACGACGUUAGUACGACAGAAAGUUCAACCGAGCCUGUCAAGGUUACAUCUCCAGCCGUCCCGAGCGAAGUAAUAACCGCCUCUCCGCCAUCUGCCCCAGCCAUCACCGAGGAUGUUGCCUCGGUAGCCAAGGCUAUCGAAGAAAUUGACAUAAGCGAUAAGGCUGUUGCGGCGGCAACCAUCGAGUGUAAUACGAAUGAAAUUAUCGCGGAAGCACGUUACCAAAACAACAUAAACGAAUAAACAUCGCUAAUCGAAUUGUAUUUUGGGAAGAAGAAAGUUCUUUUCUCUCGUUAAAACCAAAAAAGUAUAUUAUAUAGAUAUGUAUAUUUGGACCAUUCCUGCAACUAAACAGAAAAUAACGUUCUUUCGUUACGAGCAAAAAAGGGAAAAAAAAAAGGAAAAAAAAAAGAAAAAAAAAAGAAAAAGAAAAUGGAACGAUGUGACCGCGACAUCGCGAGAGCAUAUAGACUUAUAUAGUAGGCCUAUUAACGAUUAUUAGACGGCAGGGCGAAAGAAAAUGUUCACGAAAUGUGAAAACCCGGAGUCGUGUCAUCGAAAUGGGGAAAGGGGUUACGAGGACGAGCCAGAUAGGGUCGAGGAAAAUGUUAUACGCUUGAUUCUGGAAACACGUAAUAAUGCCAUGUAAUCAUAUGGAUGGUAUAUAUAUAUAUCUCGAAGCAGGUGAUUUUUUAUUACUUUCUUUUUUUAUUUUUAUUAUUACACGAAUAAAAUAUUUUCAACUUUGGGCCUUGUUUAUUCGCAAUGUAGUAAUAAUAUAUAUAUAUAUAUAUACACAUACAUAUAUACAUAUAUAUAUGUAUGUAUGUAUAUAUACAUAUAUAUAAAUAUGGGCCCUGUUGUGUAAAAAUCGGAAAAUUGUCACAAUUGUUAUGCAUAAGUCGUAUUAUGCGAUCAUCGUGCAGCGAGUAAGUGGUACGAAUUCGAAUUUAAAAAAGAAAAAAAAGAAAACAUAUUAGAAAAGAAAAAAAAUAUAUAUACGAUGAAGGAGAAAUCUCUUCGUUUGUCGCAUAUUCCAGAAAUAAAGAAAUACUCAUCGAGGCACGCCCUCUCGUAACUACACGCGCAUUGCUAUAUCGAGAGAGUAUAAAGAACGAGAAAAACUGUAACCGAAAGAUCAGAGACUGAGAGAGCAAAGGUGUAUACGUGAGAACGUGUGCGUUCGAAUGCAUGAGAGAGCGUGAGAGUUCGAAAGAAGUAUGAGAGAAUGAAUAAUGUGCGUGUCGAAGAAAGAAACAAAGGUGGAAAUAGGAAGGAUUAUAAUUGGAAUAUGUCUCUUUGUCGGAAUGUGAACGGGAAAGAAGAAGAGAUAGGAUCGGGAAAAGGCAGAACGAGAAGUAAAGGAGGAAAAGGGGGGAGGGGGGGAAAAAACUUAUUAAAAGAUAUAUCAAAGCGCACGAGUAAUGAAUAAACUCGUAUCGUGAUUUCAAGGACGCUCGAUUAUUUUGCUCGUAUUUCUUUCGCGGUCCUUGUUUUUCUUUGUAAUUGUACAAUCGACAGGUUUUAUGUUGUAACGAGGAACUGCACACUUCUACGUAUGACUUUGGUACGCGCGAGCACACGACAUAGCUACAUACAUGCAAGGACAUUAUACGCGAAUGCGUACAUACGUAUCAUGCAACACACGAGAUAAGGAAAACAUACAGUAUGUCGAGGCAGUGUAAGUGAUAUAUAUAAUCUAGAUAUAGAGAAAGCGUUUGUGUAAAUUCAGCGUUUGUCCUUCGAAAUGCUACUUCUCCAUAUGAGAAUACUUACGAGGAAGCCUAUUCGUAAUUUUAUAAUAAUCAUUAAAAUAUCGCCUAAUUACAAUUACGAAACAUGCACAAUUACCAUUCAAAAUGGAUUCGUUUCUACGGAUCUCCAGGAGUAAAUAAUUACCUACGAAAGCUUCUUUUUUUAUUGAGACCGUAGCGUAGAUCGUAAAGAUAAACGAAAAGCGUAUAUAUGUAAAUGCUCCAAAAUCUCUGAAUACAUGUAAGUGUUGAAUGGAGCGAGCGUUCAUUGUGCCCGCGACCGGCAUUGAUUUUUAAACGAUAUAUUAUUAAUGAGUAAGGGGAAGAAGUAAAAUUAAAAGUUGUAUAGUAAACCUUUCAUUAAAUAUAUUGUCCGUAAUCUUUACAACGAAAUUCACACGUUUUUUCAAGGCAAGUUUUGGCGACGAGAGCGAACUUUUUAUUUAAGAAAAAGGGGGAAAAAAAAAGAAAAAAAAAAAAUCUUUAAAUCCGACUGAUCUGUACACUCGAAUUAUUAAUCGUUAAAUCCUGAGGUUCCAUCGACGCAAACCUCGUUUAUUUAUUUUGCGCGUCGGAACAACAAAAUUAUAAAUGAGAUUUUUGAGUCGAUGGUGCUUCAGACACAGACCAACAGUCUUCAGUAUCUUCGAUGAGCAGUUAUAAUAGUAAUUAAACUAUUCUACAUUUAUCUAUAACCUAUAAUAAACUGUGAAACAAGUGUAA